AUGAAGGGGAGGGGAAUAUUGCCUGAUGAUGUCACAAUGAACACAACAUUGUGCUUCUUAUGCAAGGCUGGAAUGAUGGAUGUUGCCAUGGAUUUAUAUGAUUCGAGGGCAGAGUUUGGCCUUUCAGUGAGUUGCAUGGCUUAUAAUUAUCUUAUAAAUACUCUAGUGGGGGAUGGUACUAUUGAUGAAGCAUAUCGUGUGUUGAGAAAUUCAAUAGAACAUGGUUAUUUCCCUGGAAAAAAGACUUUCUCCAUUAUUUCUGACGCUCUUUGCAGAGAAGGAAAGCUCGAUAAGAUGAAAGAGUUGGUUUUUGUUGCAUUAGACCGGAAUAUCAUGCCCAAUGACUUGACUUACGACAAGUUCAUAUCAGCUCUCUGUAGGGCCAAGAGUACAUAUGUUCCCCUGAUCAAUGGUUUUAACAAGUUGAGUAGAGGGGAUAUUGCUGCUAGAUUACUCAUAGAAAUGCAAGAAAAAGGUUAUCACCCAAAAAGGAAAUUGUAUGGAGAAGUGAUUUGCUGUUUAUGUCAAACGGAUGAUGCAGAGAAGCAAGUUUUCAGAUUGCUAGAGAUGCAGCUGGCUCGGCUUCAGCCCAGUUCACGUAUUUACAAUUUCUUCAUUGAUGGUGCUGGGCAUGCCAGAAACCUUGAGCUUGCUAGGCAAGUAUAUGAAAUGAUGACAAGAAGUGGUCUCUUACCGGACUUGAAUUCUGACAUACUAAUGUUGCAAAGCUACCUGAAAAGCGAAAAAAUUACUGAUGCUCUAAAUUUCUUCCAUGAAGCAUACAAGAGGAGAGACCGUAGAAAACUGUGGCAGACGAUGAUUGUUGGUUUUUGCAAAGUUAACAAACCAGAGCAUGCAUUACAGAUAUUUGAAAUUAUGAAAGCGAACAAGUUACCAAGUCUGGAAUCUUUUGAGGAACUUGUGAAGUUGUAUUGUCAUCAUAGACAAUACUAUAAGGUUGUAGAACUUAUCAAUGAUAUGACUCAAAUUGGGCGUCCUAUUUCUUCCUUUAUCGGCAAUGUACUUCUGUUGAAUUCUUUGAGAACUCGGAAACUAUAUGAUGCGUGGGCUUGUUUAAGUCAUAAGCAAAAUCUAACACCUGUCAGUUGGAAAUUGGGCCAGCUGGUGUUGAAGAUAAAGGAGGAAUCCAAAUGUGAAGAACAGGAUAAGUUUUCUUUGAUUUCGAGAGUGGGCAUCCAGCAACUCCAAUUGUUGAUAUUUUUUCUAGCUGUCUUCCAUGUUUUGUCCAGUUUUCUCAUAUUCAGUCUUGGGACAGCUAAGACUCUGAAUAAGGAACAAACCGUUGAAUCCCCUGGCCUCAAUAUCAUGACUACUAUGUUUUAG